GCGGGGCUGCGGGACUGUGGCGCGGUUUAUCAAACCCUGAGCAACACCAGAUCAUCAUCCAGCAGCAGCAGCAGCAGCUCCGCUUUAAACCCUUUAAAUCAUGUCUGACCCGCGCAGAUACAGACAGGAGGAGAGCUGCGCUGCGGAGGAGAACAGGAACAAAGGGUCUUCCAGAUGGUCGCAGUGCCGGAAGCGUGGAGCUGAUGGAGUCGUGAGAGGAUCACAGAAAGAAGCUGAAUUAACUAAUAACACUGACAGAAAAGGCAACAGACCGCACAGACCUAACAGUUUCACGACUCCAGAAAGCGAGGGACCUGUCUCGAGGAUAAGGGACUGGGGAGAUGAGGUGGAGUUUGAUGAAAUGCGCACUAAUGUGCGACGUGACAUGCAGCGUUACAGACGAAGGAUACUGGCUGGAGAGUUUACACAAAGAGAGAGAAAAACCUCGUCUGGAAGUUCAGACUCCAAAGAUUCCAGGGACUCUCCUGCACCUGGAGAAUUUGAGACAGAUGAGUCUGUUUUAAUGAGGAGACAAAAGCAGAUCAACUAUGGAAAGAACACACUCGCUUAUGACAGAUACAUUAAAGAAGUGCCAAAACAUUUGAGACAGCCAGGAGUCCACCCCAGAACUCCUAACAAGUUUAAGAAAUACAGCCGCCGCUCUUGGGAUCAGCAGAUAAAACUGUGGAAAGUCAAACUUCACGCGUGGGAUCCUCCUACUGAAGAGGGCAACGACCUGCAGGCAGCAGAUCAGAUUGACCUUGGUGAGAUCAUGGAUUUGGAUUUUGAUAUGGAAGCUUCAGUAGAUGAGCUUCAGUACCCAAAGACCAGUAGUAGUGUUUCAUCUUCGUUGCCACAGGACUCGUGCACUGGAACCCCCAGCAAGAUGAUGAAGAUGGAUGAGACAGAAAUCGCAUGACUUAUGUACUGAUGCUGUAGUGACAGGAGGGAGAACUGUCUGUUCUAAUGCACUGUUUGAUUUUGUUGUUAACGAUGCUGUUUUUGGGUGUUGUUUACCAUCAGAUUCACUUACAUUUGCUUUUUCUUUUUUUUUCUGUAAAUGACUCCAGGUGUUUUCAAGAAAUUAUUAUUUUUUUAAUAGCUCAGUUGUGGAUCUUCAUAUUCAGUUCUUACACACCAGUGUUUGUUCCAGCUCUAUAGUGUAAAUAUAGUGUCAUUUUAAUCGCAUUACUUCUGUUUUUAUCUUUUGUACAUGCAUUCUUUUGUUCAGUUGUUGCUCAGGAAUUUUAUCAGAACCAUUUGGAAAUAAAUAAAUGUAACUAAACUUGA